AUCACGCGUUCCUCCUUACAGGGAAACAACAUGGAGUAGAUCUCAUGCUUGGAGUUAUACCAGUCUGAGAUUGUUCAUUUAAAAGGGUUGAUCUUGUACGAGCAGCUAUUUGGAACACUUCUCCAACAUGUCGUCGUUCAGGAAAGCGCUGAAAUCCCGACAGAGAAACCACCAUGAAAGAUCUCAGCCUGAAUCUAGGAAGCACUUGGGCUUCCUGGAGAAGAAGAAAGACUACAAAAGACGUGCAGAUGACUACCACAAGAAACAAAACACACUCCUCGCCCUUCGCAAGAAGGCUCUGGAGAAGAACCCGGAUGAGUUCUACUACCACAUGAUCAACUCGCAGCUGAAGGAUGGAGCCCACGUGUCCAAGAAGAGGAAAACAGGACCGGAGUCUGAGAUGACGGAGGAGCAGAAGAAAGUGAUGAGGACACAAGACAUCAAUUACAUCGAGAUGAAGAGGGUGGCAGAAGCGAGGAAAAUCGAAAGGCUAAAGGGAAGUCUCCAUCUUUUGGAUGCGGCCAGCAAACAGAAAAACAAGCACACCUUUUUUGUGGAUUCCAAAAAAGAAGUGGAGUCGUUCGACCUGGCCGACCACCUGAACACCGUCCCCGAGCUGGUGGAUCGAGUGUACAACAGGCCCACGAUGGACACGCUGAGCAACAAACGCAUCCAGGGAGCUGUGGCGCCUGGUAGUCAAAAGAGGCUGGCCGAGCAACGCAAGCGCGAGUACAAGCUCCUUUCUCAACGGAUUGACCGAGUGAAGAAGUUGUCUGUCAUCAGCCAGAAGCUCCAGACCCGCAAGGACCUCCAGGAUAAAUAUAAGAAGAUCAAAGUUCAGAAAGAGACCCCAAACGCUCCGGCCAUCUACAAGUUUGAGACCAAGAGGAAACGCUGACUUGCCACUCAGUUGACCGAUUCAUUUUUUUGACCAACUCAUUUUCUUUUUAAAUAAAUCAAAUACUAAACAUUGAAA